AUUAUACUAUUAUAUACUGGAGAAUUAUAUUUCAGAACCCCCUUCAAUAUUUUACUUUAAAUGUCUCCAUCAAACAGGCUUUGUUUCUAAUAAUAAUAAUAACUUGAUAACAAUUUAGCACACACGUGUUUCCGUUAAAACCAAAGAACUUUGAACAACUGAAAUGAAAUCGAUAAGUGACUUAAGGAUUAAGAAAAAAAUAAAAAAAAUAAAAAAAAUUAUUCACAUAAUCAUAGUAGAAGAACAUUAACUCAGUUCUCCUCAUAAUACUAACUAGUAUUUACUUACUAAACAUGAAAUUUAGUAAAUAAACUAAGAAAAGGAUUGUAAACCUCCAGGAAGCAUGUUACAAUACCUUUUGAACUAAGACAAGAUUAUUUAAUAAUCUAAUCAAACAAACAUUUAUGACUAAAUCAAAUAAGUACUGUAAUUUAAUUGAUAUUUAUUUAUAUAUAACUUCGAAGUAAGAAAC